AUGGGUUUGAUGAACAAUACCAUCGAAGACAAUUAUAUUUCUGACGAUAACAGAACAGUUCAACAAGGAGGUUGGUUCUCGAAACCCGAUCCAAAUCUCAAUGCUUUUGCCUACUGGUACUGGAACAUUCAUGGCUAUUUGAGUAUAUUUGUAUGCAUUUUCGGCAUUGUAACUAACUUUAUCAAUAUUCAAAUACUUACUAGAAAACCUAUGCGCACUUCAGUAAAUGUAGUGUUAACAGCUGUGGCUAUUUCUGAUAUCGCUCUAAUGGCGUCAUAUAUUCCGUACGCAAUACAUUUCUAUAUCGCUUGCGGACUAGAUCCUACACCAGAUCGGUAUUCCUAUGAAUGGACCACGUUCAUGGCAGUACAUGCUAAUGUGACUUUGACAACGCACGCUAUAUCCAUUUGGCUGGCAGUAUUUAUGGCGAUACAGAGGUAUGUGUAUUUGCAGACCAAGAUCUUCAUGACGGCUAGGAACACAGUGAUUGCCUGUCUGGUCAUUUGCUUUGCUUCAGGCCUGGUCAUGUUGCCCAAUUAUCUAAUAACUGGUGUUUAUGAAGUUAAGACUUCCGCUACAAACGGAAGUACCGGUAUGUACAGACUAAAUGAGUUCGCCUUGGGAUCUAAAAGACCUUCGUCUGUUGUACUUUUGGCAUUUUGGUUAUAUGCUAUCGUUGGGAAACUCUUACCAUGUGUCUUGAUAAGUGUUUUCAUGGGUUUUCUAUUAAAAAGGCUACAUGAGAGCACUGAACGAAGAAGACGACUGUUUAGUACCAAUGCCAGUAGCAGCAGUAGCAGUAAGAAAAAGAGAGCAGGCCAUAAAAGUACCACUACCAUGUUAUUGGUUAUUAUCAUUCUCUACAUUGUUACAGAACUACCACAAAGCGUUCUGGUCAUCCUGAGUGUCAUCUUCGAUGGAUUUUUUGAAAAUGUUUAUUAUCUUUUAGCAGAUAUAUUAGAUAUGGCGGCUCUCAUUAACAAUGCCAUUAAUUUCGUGCUGUAUUGUAUUAUGAGCCAACAAUUCCGAGGACAUUUAAUGGAAAUGUGGGUAUUUAAGAAAUGUAAGCACUCCAGGUGUUUCCUACCUACAAAUGUGAAAAACGUACAAUCCAAUAUAGACGACAUGGCAACAACAAUGGUGACGGAAAAGACGGUUAUCAGAGCAGAAACUAUCAAAUUAUUAAAGACAUAA